CGUUUGCAUCUGAUAGCUCGACGAAGCCAGCUAUGAGAGGCCUAGGGAGAUGGACGCGUAAGGGAAGCGCCACUUUGACUGAGAGCAUGGUCAGGAGCUCGUUGCCCCGCCGCUGAGAAGUUCCUUGGACGCGAACAGACGUCGACUGCAGCUAGGCAGAGCGCGGAGCGAGCGAGGGAGCGAACAGGCGCCGCCGAGUCGCCUGCGCUCGCUGAGGGGAGAGGUAGUUGGCGCCCCGCGGCCCCAGCUCGGCCCCGCGCACCCCGCCAUGGCGGAGGUGGGGGGGGUCUUCGCCUCGUUGGACUGGGAUCUGCACGGCUUCUCCUCGUCUCUGGGGACCGUGCCCUUAGCUGACUCCCCGGGUUUCCUGAACGAGCGCCUAGGCCAGAUCGAGGGGAAGCUGCAGCGCGGCUCGCCCACAGACUUCGCCCACCUGAAGGGGAUCCUGCGGCGCCGCCAGCUCUACUGCCGCACCGGCUUCCACCUGGAGAUCUUCCCGAAUGGCACAGUGCACGGCACCCGCCACGACCACAGCCGUUUCGGAAUCCUGGAGUUUAUCAGCCUGGCGGUGGGGUUGAUCAGCAUCCGGGGAGUGGACUCUGGCCUGUACUUAGGAAUGAAUGAGCGAGGAGAACUAUAUGGGUCGAAGAAACUCACACGUGAAUGUGUGUUCCGGGAACAAUUUGAAGAAAACUGGUACAACACCUAUGCUUCCACCUUGUACAAACACUUGGACUCGGAGAGACAGUAUUAUGUGGCCUUGAAUAAAGACGGCUCACCCCGGGAGGGAUACAGGACUAAACGACACCAGAAAUUUACUCACUUUUUGCCCAGGCCAGUAGAUCCUUCUAAGUUGCCCUCCAUGUCCAGAGACCUCUUUCGCUAUAGAUAACAGAGGACCACUUCCUGUUCAACUCAACCCAGCUGUUCCUUUGUUCAAAGUGUAUAUCAAGGUUAGGUUAUUUGGGGG